GGUCAUCACAAAGACAAUUUAUCUGAAGAUUCGAAAUACUUAUUAAAUUGGUUGAAUAUAUUUUAAAGUUCUUAAGUCAAGUUUCAAGUGUCUGCGUCGCGGCGUAGUAUAUACUAAGUGGUACAAUCUUUCGUGGGCGUUUAUCGAGUUGAUACCCUUCAGUUCCUAUUUUUUGCUAACAAAGAUCUAGAAUACUAUUUCAUAUAGCAACCUAAACAGCCUUACUAGGACUAGCUAGUGGCGAAUCUUCAUAGUUCAAUGGAGAUUUUCUCUGCAUGUUGCGGAAAAGCAAUAUGGACGGAACAGAAAUAUAUAUCUAAACCAGUAUUGUUUGUCAAAGAUUUGAAUCGGAAAUCAAUAAAGAAAAUCGAGUGAUAAACUGAUUCCCGCUGAUAAGAAUUCCAAAGUCCUCAUUUCGACUGGCGAUCAAUGAUAGCCUAUCAUGUCACCCAUGCAGCCUGGUCAUUAGAAUAAUGUUCAGACAAUGGUCUGCGUCGCCAAGUAUAAUCCAUCGUUUAUUAAACAUCACACUUUUCUUGUCCUAAUCUCCUGCCUUUAAACUAAAUUUAGAAUGAAACGAUUUAGAAUUCAGUCAAGUUUAAUUUAAGGGAGAAGUUGACUUUCACUUGUAACGUUGCUCAGUCUUAAACAGACCUUCAUUUAACCACUUAACCGAGGAUCUUGAAUAAUUUAUUUGACACAAAACAAAAAUAAAAACGUUUCUGAAUACUCUCCAUUUAGUCUGUCAUCGAAGCCAGGUGCUUCAACAGCAUGUCCGUAUAAGGUAUUAUCGCCACGCGAAUACCUGGCGAUCUUAACCGAAGCUUUAAAAUUCAAGCCGAGUACGUCACGACUGACUUCGGCGAGAUUAUGUCAUUGAUGUAAAUAUAAAAGCACAUGGUAAAAACAAGUCGACAUAAACAAACAGGUCGAUCAGGGAGGUAAAAACGAGAACGGGAAAAAGAGUCGUAAAUUCUAGAGUCAUAGGCUUAACGCGGUGACAAAAAAAAGAAAAAGAAAAAACAAAACAAAUCAAAAGAGUGUCCAAAAGGAAGGAUAGAAAAGAUGGCUUCUUCAUACAUGGAAAUGCCUUUGUCUAUGAGCUUGCUGGAACAAGAAAUGAGUUGUCACUACAGUGUGACUUACGACAAAAAGACGUCAACGUAUUAUGAUGAACUGUCUACAGUAUGGGAAAGCAUGUACAAGAAAGGACUUAGAAAACAGCUUAGCUGUUACUAUAACCAUCAACCACUGGAACAAGCUAAAGAAAAGCUGGUAAAAGACGAAGACACCCGAGCGGUAAAAGGCGCGAAAGAUUUGGCGCGGGUUCACCACGAAAGGGCGUUAGACGCCGGCAAACUCCGUAAAGACAAAGGUCGCCGAUGGAGAAAGAAGAACUACGGGAGCUCGCUAGAGACGCAAAGUUCGGAAUCUUCGUCGCAGUCGAUAUAAAAGACAAUCAUAAUGUUAUAACAGUGUCCAAGGUUUGGGGAUUUUGUGAUGAAGAGUAAUAAGGUCGUACAGCGCAGUGCAGUACGAAUCUCGGUCUCACGUAGGCCACUUCACAUUACAUUAUAUGAUUCUUUUUCAUUCAAAUAGCCUAGUCAACCUUACAAUCGAAAGCCAAUGACUUAUGGCGGAAAAUUAGAAUGCCCUUCUGAGCAAUGAGUUUAUUCAAGUUAUUGGUUCGAGUAAUUAGUCGGUUGAAUCGUUAAGACGUACUUCAACCGAUUUUAAACGUAUGGUGGUAAAUAGAAACGAGAAGUGAUUGUAUAUAGCACCGGUCGCCGUGUGUCAUUGUUCUGACCUAGUAAACAGAAAAACGCCUGAUUUAGUGGGAUAUUACUAAAGUACCAAGUACGAGCACAUAAAGGACAGUAAUAUAUUCUUAUAAAACCCCAUUAAUUCUAUUUGUAUAUUUUGUAAUAUAAUAACAUAAACUAUGACUAAGUAGUUAAAAUUUAAAUGUAAGAUUGUAAAAAAUAUAAGAAGUAUAAAAUAAAUUGGAAUAAUUUGA